AUGGCUGAUGAUAUUCCGUUACAGUUUACAAGACAAGAAAAUAUUAUACUUCAAAAUAGUUUAUUAUGUUUAGUUAAAGCUUUAGAAAAUCGUUGUACGACGAUAGAUUUAAGAAAUGAAAUGUCCGUUACUGGGAAAAUUACUGAAGUUGAUGCGUAUAUGAAUAUUGUUUUAAGUGAUGCUGCAGUGUUUGAUACAGAUGGAGAAUGUCAGUAUUUUCCAGUGUUGCACGUUCAAGCAAGAAAUAUAAGAAAUGUACAUAUUCCAGACAAUGUAUCUAUUAUGCAAGCCAUUAAAAGUCAGUUGAAAACAAAUUCACCGAAAAUGAAUAAAAAGUUAACAUUUAAACAAAGUCGUGCCAAAAAACAACAUUUAGAAACAUUGAAAUUAAUCGAAGAAACCAAGAAAAACCAAUCGAAUAAAAAUGAAACAUAA